CCACCACACAUCUUCAACUAGACUACUACCACCCCAAAACUACCAAAAAAAAAAACAACAAUUUCCACCAUGAAAGACCCAUCACUUCUUAACAAUACAGAGACGUGGGAGAAUUUCCCCACCACCUCUUCCUCUUCCUCUUCUUCUCCAUCAAAAAACACCUCCAAGAGAUCAAGACAAAUUGAUCAUAUUACAGAAGACAACGACAACAACAACAACAAGAACAACAACAGUACUACAACUAGUCUCGCUGGCGGCUCCGAAUCCGACAAGUGCAAGGCGAAGAACGGGUCCAAACAUCCGACGUUUCGGGGAGUGAGAAUGCGGCAAUGGGGGAAAUGGGUGUCGGAGAUAAGAGAGCCGAGGAAGAAGUCCAGAAUCUGGCUCGGAACCUUCCCCACCCCGGAAAUGGCCGCCCGGGCCCACGACGUGGCGGCUCUUACGAUCAAGGGCCGCUCCGCCUUCCUCAAUUUCCCCGAACUCGCCCCGGAGCUCCCCCGCCCCGCCACCUCCUCUGCCAAAGACAUCCAAAUCGCCGCCGCCAAAGCCGCUUAUGCCUACACUACUACUGCUGCUAUUGCUACCAGUACUACUGCUGCUCAUAAUACGACGUCGUUUUCAGAGACGGCGGAUAAUGCCCAUGAUAUUCCCCGUCGUGAUGACGGCAUCGUCACGACGGAGGAAAACGACGACGCGUUUUUCGACUUGCCUGAUCUUAUGUUGAUGGACGUUUGUUAUAAUAAUCGUCAAAUUAUGGAUGACUACUUUUGUGCUGCUUAUUGGCCUGUGAUUAGUACUGCUAAUGAAGGUGAUUAUCAGGUUGAAGAUAGUACUAAUUGUGCUGGUCUCAGGCUAAUUGAUCUUGAAUGUUUGCCAUCAUGGUAUCAGAACAAAAACCCAUCUUGGAUUUCCAACUUUUAUAUUUUCAGGGGUAAAAAAGAAAAUACAGAAAAGAUGAGGGGGUAAUGCACCAAUGUACGUAUGUGUUUUUGUAUAAGCACAAUAUUGUAAUUGUAAAUAACAAAGUUCCCAAUUUGAGUGUAU